GCUAUGAACGAUGGUGUCGUUGGUUAUCCUGAAUCUCGGGGUUGCUACACAUUAGUAUAAUGUAGGGAUGCCAGGGUGUGAAAAGUGCCUUGAUCUGUAGUACGGGCUGAGUCGCAAAUAUCCUGAUGGCCGGAGAUUAUCUCCAAUUGUAAUUGGAGAGAACUCAAGGUUGAAUGUUUUGCUGUUCCAUAUGAGAGCAAUUAGAAAACGUGGGGUCAGAGGAGCUUUAUUUAUGACUAACUCAGGAUGUUUAUGUGAGGCAGGUUGUUCAGGUUUUUUGAUUCAUGGCUAUCGGGAUCCAAACACGAUCGACGCUUUUAAGUGGGGCGUCAAUCCAUGGAUAAUUUGGGGUAUGACCGAGCUACCCUACUGUGAACAGAGGAGAUAUAUAACUGUUGACCAUAGUUGUGAACAGAAAAACCGUGAAGAGACAAAGUACACAGCUGUAAACCAGGAAUCGUUUAGCGAUCACACUACCGGAAACGCCACCGUCAGUCACGAAGGAGCAAGUUACGUUGCAUUGAAAUUAAUGGGUGCUGUCCAAAAACAGACCUCGCGCCGAAUCAUGUGCCACGGAUCAAAAUCCAUCAUAUAGCGUCGAAAUCAUAGAACUUCGGGACAAAGCAUGU